AUGCCUAGCAUGGUUUUAUCUUGGUCUUUCAAAGCUUGUUACCAAUUAACAUCAUUGUGGUUAAGGGGAGAAGCAAAAUUUGUCAGAGUCCUGCGGGGCGUUCUCGCCAUUUCUUUCCUAUUCACGGUUCUUGCAUUUUCAGCAUUCUUGAUAAUUAUAGAUCCCAUCCACGAAACCGGACUGGUGCCAACCAAGGAUUAUCGCGCCCCAGACAUAUUGUAUGACUUCAAUAUGGAACUUCCUGUUUGGAGUAUCGUGGCGUUCAUUGACAUGCGCUUACCCAUUGCUAGCCGACCCGAUGUCUUCAAGAGUGCUAUCAGUGUUAUCCCUCUCUGGGACAAUUCGAGCGACUACAAGCCUGACUGCGUUCCCCUGCCAGGCAACUUAACGGUCGGGGGUAAAUCGCAGAAUGUACAGUCCGAUCCGUACAUCCAAGCCAUCACCAUAUUUUGUCCGAGCCGCCGGGUGGGAUUGAAUGGUAAUUUACCUGGCCAUAUUCCUGAAGCUAUCUCACGAGGCAUGUUCGACGACUCAUUGGUCGACGCCAGAAUGCGCACCGUAUCGAUUCUGGUGGGUUUGACAAAUAACACAAAUGACGUUGUCGCCAACACAAUACCAACCCCCAUGUUCCCCGGUCUUAACCUUGCUGGGAAUAUCUCUCGUGAAUUUAAAAGGCGUUUUGUCAAGCCACCGUUAGCGUCUUGGGGGAUCUUCAGUUCUUCGACAUCAUUCCUUGUCACGGGCCUUUCCCCACUUUUUUACGAUCCUUCCUCCCUUAUACCCCGAAGCCCAGACACGGGCACAUUGAGAAUCUUCGGUCAAAACGAUCAUUCGGAUUGGGAACUACACCAAGAUUAUAGAGACAAAUCCGUCUGGAGCGGCUUAGCAUCUGUAGGCGGAUUCUGGACCUUCUUAAAUGGGGCAUUUGGGAUCAUCUUCGGGACUCGCUUAGUACUGAUUUUAUUCGCGAGCAAAGUUUCAUUAGGAGCAGGUAUCAAGCCGGGCUCGAUAUUCGGCAUCGCUCAUUUGUUUCAACGUCAGCGCCCUGCCGAUGAGCAUCAGGAAAAUGAUAUCCAUCAAGAGCGGCUACCUUUGCAAAUUACUAGAACUUCAAGAAGUACUAGUCCUAGGCCUAGGAAUUGA